AUGAUUUUAAGAAUGUCUUCGAAUGGGCACGUGGCCGCAUGGUCAGCCAUCGGCUUUUCUUCUAUUGUUGUGUCUUUGACUUUACUCUCCUUAUCAGUUUUCAUAGGAAAGGUCCAAGAUAUCCAAUAUGGGCUGAGAACUAACAUCAAUGAAUUCAAUAUCAUGCAGGAUGAAGUUUGGGGAACAUUGGUUCAGAACAAACGAGUUGAUUCCCUCUUGAACAGAAACAUCAAAAAACGUCAAGCUGGAGAAGUUUGUAAUUGUGAUGAGCAAAAUGAAUGUCCAGCUGGUCCUAAGGGACGCCCUGGUGUUGACGGACUUGAUGGUUUGUCUGGAAAGCCUGGAGAGCCAGGAGAGCGUGGUCUAUCUGGAAUAAAUCCAAGCUAUGAACAAGAGCCUGAUGGAUGCCGUGUAUGUCCACCAGGACCUCGUGGACCACCUGGAUAUAUUGGACAACCUGGACCUCAAGGAUUACCUGGAGUUAUUGGACGACCAGGAAUGCCUGGAAGACCUGGAAACAGUGGAAUCAGUGGACCACAAGGAGAAAUGGGAUCAACAGGAGAGCCUGGACAAGAUGGAGAAAAGGGUCCUGCUGGAAAUCAAGGUGUUCGUGGAGAGAAGGGACCUUCCGGACCAUCUGGAGUUACUGGGCCACCAGGACCAAAAGGAUUCCCCGGAAUUACUGGACCUGCUGGAAAUCCAGGACCACAAGGACCACAAGGAAAAGAAGGACAAGCAGGAAAAGCAGGAGCCGACGGUUAUGAUGGAGGAAUUGGAAACUAUGGAGAACCAGGUGGGCCAGGAGAAGAUGCUGGCUACUGCCCAUGUCCGGAAAGGAGAAAGAGAAGACUAUAA